CGGUUUCCUUGUUUUCUGUCGCCAGAACAGACCUGAAGAUGUUCGGACGGAUUGGGGGCAAUGCCCUGCGGUGUGCGGUGCGCCGACCCGCUGCGCGGAGGAAUCUUCUUUGUGAGCGCAGAUUCUCGGCCCAUUCCUCUCAUGCCAGCGCCCAUUCGACUGUGCCCUCGGCCGCUUCGCCGUUGGGCAGUAUUACUACCGAGCUGGAUCGGAUCUCACCUUGCUUCGAGAUUAAUGCCGAGAGGAUUCAAAUCUUGGACUCUCCUGCCAGUUUCUACGACACCCUCAAGAGCAAAAUCCGCAACGCAAAACGACGCAUCUACCUCUCGACCCUGUACAUCGGCAAGACUGAGCAUGAGUUGAUCGCAACUCUGGACCAAGCGCUCCGGGACAACCCCGACCUCAAGGUCUCCAUUCUCACAGACUGCCUUCGAGGAACUCGCGAGUCGCCGGACCCCUCAUGCGCAUCGCUCCUCGCUUCGCUGGUUACAAACCAUGGAUCCGAACGUGUCGAAAUUCGAAUGUUUCAUACUCCCAACUUGACGGGUCUUAAGAAGAAAUGGAUUCCUCGCCGGAUCAACGAGGGAUGGGGUCUGCAGCACAUGAAGCUGUAUGGCUUCGACGAUGAGAUUAUCCUCUCAGGCGCAAACCUGUCGAACGACUACUUCACGAACCGCCUGGAUCGAUACCACGUCUUCAGCUCGAAAGAGCUCGCUGACUACUACGCCAGCAUCCACCACGCAGUCUGCAGUCUCAGCUUUCAAGUGCUCCCGGAUCCGCAUAAUGCCGCCGGUUACCUCUUGGACUGGCCGAAGGCCAAUGGUGCCCCCUGCCCUCUGGACGACCCGCAGAAGUUCAUCGCGUAUUCCUCGGAAUUCCUACAACCCUUCUUCCAGCCCAACAUCGACACCAAGAAAGCACUCGAGCCCAAGACGUCCACCCAUGCCUACGUCUACCCGGUGGCCCAGUUCACCUCCUUGCUAAACCCGGACACCUCGACGGAAUACCCGGCUGUCACUUCCAUCCUCCGUCUCCUCUCGACCUCGUCCGCCUUCUCCGGUGCCCGCUGGCUGUUCACAGCGGGGUACUUCAACAUCCACCCCGUCCUCUCCUCCCUCCUGAUUGCCAGCACCUCGCCGUCACACACCGCCAUCAGCACCCGUGGGACCGUGCUCACAGCCUCCCCGUGGGCCAACGGCUUCUAUGGGUCCUCGGGCAUUUCGGGCAUGCUUCCCGCGGCAUACACGCAUCUCUCCGCGAAAUUCCUCGACCAGGUGGCCCUGGCCAAGCGCACGGAUUCCGUGCAGCUCAAGGAAUGGCGCCGGGGCACCGUGGGCGAGCCGGGUGGCUGGACCUACCACGCCAAGGGCCUGUGGAUUACCCUGCCCCGGGAGGAAUUCCCCAGCUUGACUUUUGUCGGCAGCAGCAACUACACCAAGCGCAGCUACAGUUUGGAUCUGGAAGUCGGCGCCGUGGUCGUCACGGGAAACCAGACGCUGAAACGCAGGCUCGGCGCCGAGACGGACUGGCUGCAAAAGGAUUCCAAGGCCAUCUCUCGCGAGGAUCUGCGGCGCACGGAACGGCGGGUGAGCUGGAAGGUUCGCCUGGCGAUGUGGAUCACUGAGAAGGUGGGAGGGGCUUUUUAG